GUACUGUGGGAAGAUCUUCCCCAGAUCAGCAAAUCUCACCAGACACCUGAGGACGCACACCGGGGAGCAGCCGUACAGGUGUAAGUACUGCGACCGCUCCUUCAGCAUCUCCUCCAACCUGCAGCGGCACGUCCGGAACAUCCACAACAAGGAGAAGCCGUUCAAGUGCCACCUGUGCAACCGGUGCUUCGGGCAGCAGACCAACCUGGACAGGCACCUCAAGAAGCACGAGCACGAGAGCGCGCCAGUGAGCCAGCAUUCCGGGGUCCUCACAAACCACCUGGGGACCAGCGCCUCCUCCCCGACUUCCGAGUCGGACAACCAUGCACUUUUAGAUGAGAAAGAAGACUCCUAUUUCUCUGAAAUCAGAAACUUCAUUGCCAAUAGUGAGAUGAACCAAACCUCAACGCGAGCAGAUAAACGCCCGGAGGUCCCGGACCUGGACGGCAGUCCCCAGUGUCCAGGCUUAGCCAGCAAUAAGCCGGAGGACGCGGAGGCAGAAGAGGACGAGGAGCUGGAGGAGGAGGAUGAGGACAGCCUGGCCGGGAAGUCACAGGAAGACACCGUGUCCCCCACGCCCGAGCCCCAGGGUGUCUACGAGGACGAAGAGGACGAGGAGCCGCCCACCUCGCUGGCCGUGGGCUUCGACCGCACCCGCAGGUGUAUUGAGGAGCAAGAAGGCGGUCUGUUAGCUUUGGAGCCGAUGCCGACUUUUGGGAAGGGGCUGGAUCUCCGCAGAGCAGCUGAGGAAGCAUUUGAAGUUAAAGAUGUGCUUAAUUCCACCUUAGAUUCUGAGACUUUAAAACAGACACUGUACAGGCAGGCUAAGAACCAGGCGUAUGCAAUGAUGCUGUCCCUCUCCGAGGACACUCCUCUCCACACCCCCUCCCAGAGCUCUCUGGAUGCUUGGCUGAAUAUCGCAGGAGCCACGUCGGAGGCCGGAGCCUUUAACCCUAUCCACCACCUCUGA